ACCAAUGACAUUAGCAAUAGAAUACGGAAGUUUUACGUGAGCAGGUUCUUGAACCCUUCUUGCUUGCACUUCUCACACCAAUCUUGACCGUCCACAGAUCUUUUCUUGCCUGACCUUUUCCUUCUCGUGGACUUCAACUCUGAUACGGAGAGUAAAUGCCUAUAAUUGUCCCAGUUGCCAUACAACACUGCUAACGCCCCUCUUACCAACAAAUUACAAUUCAAGCUCCUCACAAAUCCCAUCAUCAUCAUCAUCAUCAUCAUCAACCGUUGUUGGGCUUGAGGUAUUGUGCGAUUGUUUUAUCCUCUCUUCUCUAUUCUUUGCCGUCUCCAUACAUAGAUGGCAUCAGCGGGCAUUCGGCUUGAAGGGAAUGGUCUUUGCCGGUUUUCUGGAAAUAAUCCCGUCAAGAAUGCCCAUCUGUGGCCAUGUAAUGUCAAGAUAUCCAGCAACUUGUGUGAUGGUGCAAGAUUUAGAAGAGGGAGGGUCUCGAUGUCAAUGAAGAGUAUUACAACGCCGGGAAUUGUAAAGACAGCCGAUUCUUCUGAUGGAAACAAGAAAUCUGCAGUUUUAUAUGAGAAGGUUGAACAAUGGAUGAGGGAUUCUGUGGUGGAGAUUGUCAACAACUUAAGGGAAGCGCCUCUUUUGGUCCAUGUAUACGCGGAGGAAAGCGGUGGAAUGACGGUGCUGAAGACGGAGAAGGAGGUGGCGGAGGAGAAAUGGCCAGGUUUGAUGGAGAGAUGGGAAAAGAGAGAGACCCAGUUGCCUGAUGGGGUGAUUUUUGUGGAGAAACUGGAGGACGGUGAAGAGGAGGAGGAAGAUGCGAUUACCAGGGCAUGGGGGAUCGUGGUGCAAGGGAGAGGAGUGGAUUGUGGGCCUGUCUGCUACUUGCUGAAGACAAGCAGGGUUGGGGCUGGGCCUGGUUUGGGCCUGUGCUGCACUCAUUUUUGUUUGAUGAAGGUACAGAGUUUCAGGGAGACAGCCAGGUCUCAGUUCAAGAAUUGCUGGUUGUCGCAAGGGCUAUGAGACUGGAAACGGUGGCGUUUCGAUUAUCUGACACAUAAACCAUUGGUAAUUAAGAGUGAUGGUUUAUGAUGUAAAUGAUUUAUACAUUUAAAAUCAAUUAUGAUUAGUCAAUUGUAACAAGAGAUUGUUUGUUCAAUUUUUUUUUUUUGACUUAACAUUAGUCUUGUUUUUUUAUGAUUCCCUUAGUGAAAACUGGCUUGGAGGUUGGAUCCAUUA